AUGUCCGAAGAAGACAAGAGUUCCACCAUCAAGCCCCCCGCUGGGCCCCUCAGUCCGAAACCCGAGUCCCCUACUACGGCACGUCCUAUGGAUUUCGAUGACGAGCCCCAGGAGUCUGGCGUUACUUCGGCUCCUCCUUCAGCAACAACGCAGCCGAAUGCGACGGAAGCUGCCCCGCCAAAACCGCCGCGCCCAUUGAGCCCUCGGCAGCAGGCAGAGAACACUCUCAAAGAAGCGUUCCCCUCGGUUGAGGAAUCAGUUGUCAAGGCAGUGUUGACAGCAAGCAAUUUCGAUGUCGAGCGGGCCUUCCAUGCUCUUCUAGGCAUGACCGACCCGAACGCAGAGGAAGUGACUGCUCCCCCCAAACCUCCUCGUCCAACUGCAGCCCAGAGGCAACUAGAAUCAGAUGAGCUGUAUGCUCGUCAACUUGCCGAACACUACAACCGACGCGCACAGCAACCCCAGUGGGAGGGUGGCCCUCCGCAUGAGCGUUCCCGAAGGGGUAGCGAGCACUCGGAUGAAAGGGAGUAUAGCUUCUUUGAUGACGACCUCCCCGUGAUCCGCGAAAAUAUCCGCAAGGGAUUCUUGGACACCCAGACCAAAGUCAGCUCUUGGUUCCAAACCGUGAAAAAGCGGCUCGACGGUGAAGAAGAGGAAGGUGGCCAACCAAGCCAGGGCUACGAUAAUGAAGGUUACAAUCGACCGAGGCGAAGCGGAGAUCUUGGUCGUCGCAGCGGCGACCGCGAACGUUACGACGCCGAUCCUCAAGUCUUGGGUGAUGACUUUUCUGCGCUUGAAUUGAGAGAUUCAGAAGCUCCGCCUGCGCAACCUCCCAGACCUCUCGCGAACUCCAAUCUUUACAAGUCCUCCUCGCCUUCCCCCGACAGGCGCAAGGUGUCUUUCCAAGAAGGCCCGCCCACCGAAAUUGGUAACAUUUAUGACGCAUCCGAACCCGCCAAGCGCAGCUCCACGGGAGGAAAGCCUAGCAAGUGGCAGCCGCUCUCGACAGUGGAACCAUCUCCCGUCGGGGACCACGAUCCGUUUAGCCUAGGUGACAGCGAAGACGAGAAGGACACGAAGUGUAAGGAUCCGCAGGCCACAGACGAGACGGAUCGCAUAAAGGACACAGCCGAGACAAUGACCGGCGAGCUCGGCUCUGCGUCGAAAGAUAGCCAGAAGGCGGACAACGCGGGGAAACCAUGA